UAAAAGCAACGAGCAGCUUCAUCUAACCAGUGUGUAAUACGGAUCAAGCACGAUGAUUAAGCUACUCCUUAUUUCUUUACUUUGCGUGGCGGUGCUCUUAUCAGAGCAAGCUAAAGCUGAAGCAAAUGGAGGUGGUGGAGGUGAAGGUGGAGCUUCAGGUGGAGCUUCAGGUGGAUUUAGCGGCGGCUUUCAGAUGGGUGCUCAAGGAGGUGGAGGAGCAAAAGGAGGUUCACAUAAUUUAGUGACACGUACACAAAUCAGAGGACAAAGAUUUGCUGCAAAAGCCAUGCCAUCUCCUCCAGAGAGGCCACCUCCUCCACCUGGACCUCCUCAAGAGUGAGAAGGAUAAAGGCGAUAAAGGCAGUAGCUUCUAUUUUAGAAGCGCAUUAUGUUGAUUUCGACCAUUACAAGUAGAUGAAGGUGAUUAGAUUGUACUCAGCACUAUGGCACAUUUUAUUAGAAUAAUUGCACGAUCAAGAAGAACCCCGAUGAUUUGUGAAUAAUAAAAUUUUGCACUGCAGGAA